CAUUAUUAACAUGUCAAUGUUAUAUCCAGAUAAAACAGCAACAGGCUAUUCCCAAUCAGUUAACUGUUAGUCUUUUCCUAAAAAAUGGGUACCAGUAUGCUAAGACUCUUCUAAUGGUGACUGGAGAGACGAAUAGCAGAACAUGGAGCUUUUUUAAUCUUUUGUAUCAAGCAUUUAUGUACUUAGAGUAAAACCAAAGUACAAACCCAAUGUAAUCUACUGAAACUUGUAAAAUUCACCAUCAAGAUUUGGAACUAAAUAAGUUGAGGUUGGGUUUUUUUUUUUGUUUUUGUUUUGGUUUGGUUUGGAUUUUUGUUCUGGUUUUGUCUGGGUUUUUUUCAAAGCAAUUGAGAAUAAUAUUUCUUGUUAUGACUGCUUCCUGUUCCUUUGCUGAGUUAAGCUGGGAUAGCAGCACUGUGGUGGCAGGGCUUGUUGCUCAUUUCUCCCCUCCCCUCCUGCAGUUGAAUUUAGAAGCUGCUAGAUGUUGUCCAACAGGAAAUCCAGUCUUACUGGGAAAACCAUCACAACCUACUCAAAGGUACCAGCUUUAAAUGAUAAUGUGGUUUCAAAUGAGAGAUGGAAAUGUUUUCAGGCUCCCAGACAUGGGUUGCUUCCCCCUUGCACUGGACUUUGCUGAAGCUGGAGCCCCUGGCACACCUUCCCACAGCAUCACAAUGACCAGGCUCUGCUGUGGGUGGCUGGGGAACCAACCUGCAAAAGACCAACCUGCAAAUGACCAGGUGAGCCCCAUCACCCAAACAUAGACUGAGUCCACCCCCUUAGGUACUGGCUGGGGGGAUAUUCCACAUCUUGAGAUAGAAGCAUGAGGUGCUAUUAGCCUGGUCCUGUGCUGCAGGACCCCUGAGAGCACAGUGUGCCCACACUGUAGCAUCAGUACUCAUACGCAUCAAACCUUGGAGCAGUCCAAAAUUGCAACAGAGCUUCUGUGUGUCUGCAGAUAAACACAUGGAAAGGGUGAAGCAGGGAAGCAUCCCUUUUCUUGUCCAUUUCCUCCAAAGAGGAAAAGGAAAUAAGAAUUGAAAUUCCUGAGAGGAGAAAUAAGUAAUCCUGCCCAUCGGACAAUGGUUAUUUUAUACAGGAUAAAUCAUCUGAUGUAUGCAAAGAAACAACACUAGGGUGCCUCUGCUGACUAUGCAGGAAUAUAAUCUUGCAGGGCUAUGUGUAGGAUGUCUGCUCUAAGAUCUAUCAGGUACUGGAAAUGCAGACAGAUGUAGUACCACAGUUAGAAAUCAGAGGUUCAGCAGCUCUGCAGGUGACAUUGCAGUUGAAAGUGACAAAACUAAAACGCACGGUGCUCAGGAAAUAUCAGUUCACAGUGAGCUCGUAUCCAGUUUGCAGCAAGUUGUGUGUGUUUAGAGAGGAUGGUGUGCUGCUGCCAGAAAAGCCAUGUAAACAUUUUCUACCAAGCCAGAAUGUUUUUCCUAGAGCUGGUAUCUCAUGCCUGCUGAAGCUCUUGGCUUCAGUUCAGGAGACUAUUUUACUACAGAAUUCACAUAUGCUAAAGUAAACCUGUGGGACUUGAUCCUAUAAAUCUCAUCAGUCAAAGGGAAGCAUAAAAGGUUGUGCAAUUUUGUAGCUGAGAGCCAGAAACUAUAUGGGAGGUCAAAAGCCAGUCAAGAAAGGCCAGAUGGGGAAGAAACAAAGUUCAACUUCUUAAUUGCAUUUGUGGCUUUUUUUGUUUGUUUGGUUUUUUUUGGGGGGGGGCUGGGGGGUGGGUUUUAAUAUUGUGUCUAUAAAAUGCACUCACAGUGCAGCCUUUCCAGAAACUAAAAUAGAGAUAUAUGUGUUUCAGCCACCACUGAUCUGGUCUGACCUGAUCACUGACUGAUCAUCAGGAAAUAAAAAUGUUCUGGGCAGUUCAGCUGAAUAUAGGUUGUGUAACCAAGGGAGAAUAAAUAAAGGUUGCAUCUGAGCAAGUUUACGUAGUUAGUACUCCUUGACCUGUUGUUAAGCUUUAUGCUUCACAGCUUUCCUGGGCAACAGUCAACUUUUUAGACUGAAAGGCUGGAGGUCAAACUGAUAAGCUAACAUUUCUCUGAUUUCCGUGCAGGAAGAACAGGGCAGAGGCUCAGCCUUCAAGGUAAAGAAAUACAAAUACUAGGGAUGGUACAGAGCUCUGUGGGGGCUGACAGCCUGCCCUGCUGGGCUCUCUGCUUGCUCUGCACUGGUUUGGGUUGCUCCAUGCAGUGCUGCAUAUUUCAGCACCCCCAGACAGUGAGAUAACCAACAGGGAGAGUAUGUAAAGAGAUGCACCCACGUUCUGCAUUGAAAUUUGGGGUUCGCAUUGAAAGGUAACUCCAGCUUUUGGCUGUCAAAGAAUGAUCUUCAGCAGAAGCUGCUCCCAGCAGGAAUCUUGAAAGGAGAUGGUCCUGAAUAUCCCCAGCCACUGGAAGGAAUUGGCUCAAGGUCAGAUUGCACCAGGGGGACUUUUCACGUGUGGUGCAAAGGUUCAGAGGCUCUUCUGACUGGUGAGCUCAUGGCUGAUGCCUUUGGCUCCCAGGGUGGUGACUGAGCAGCUUGGCAAGUGGGACUGGCCAAGCAAGCAGCCAGGCAACGAUCAGCUGUUCUGAGCCUGUGGGGUCUUCUGGCUCAUCCAUCUGCUCCCAAAAUGGAGUAUGCCUGGUACUGGCUCGAUAAUUCUGGGAAGUGGAUUGAAUAUGGGAAAAAGCAUCCAGAUCACUGCUGUGCCACGGUAACAUCUGAAGUUCUAGAGAGGGAAUUCCAAGAUGACCAGGAAGGCUUUGUGUUAUUCAAGGCUGGUUCUCAAGCAUAUAUAUUAAACUUUAAUGGCAUGGUCCAAAUAAACUUGCACUAUAAAACUAAAAGGAAAGUUGCCCGACGGCCAAGAUUUCUGCCUUCUCAAGAUGGACAAGACGGAAGCUCAAACAUGACUCUAUCCCAUUUUGUUUGUCCUCCAGAAUGGGACCAAUCUGCACUGCCCGAUAUUGGGUUCAAGCUGAUAGAGGUCAGCUGCACUUCCCUUGAAUACAGUAAAAUUAAGAACCUGUUUGAGAAGACAAUGAAGGAUUCCUUUAUCCACAGACUGCAGAGGAUCCAGAACCCAGCGCUUUGGCAAGUUUUUCAGUGGCAAAAGGAGCAGAUGAAGAAGCUCAGCAAAUUGGAGUGUGUGGAUGAGCGGCUCCUGUUCCAUGGGACAAGUCUGUCCCACAUGCCUGCCAUCUGUGAGCAGAACUUCGACUGGAGGGUGUGUGGGACUCACGGGACAAUGUAUGGGAAAGGAAGCUACUUUGCCAGAGAUGCCAGCUAUUCUCACAAGUUCUGUUCCUCUCAAAGUGGUUGCUACAGCAUGUUUGUAGCUAAUGUUCUUGUGGGAGAUUUUGUUCAGGGAAAACCCGAACACCUUCGCCCUCCACUCAGAGACAGCAAUUCAAACAGACUUUAUGACAGCUGCGUGGAUGACCCAACAGACCCUUCUAUCUUUGUCAUCUUUGAGAAGCACCAGAUUUACCCUGCCUAUAUCUUGGAGUACAGGAGCAAUACCCACUGUAGGAUCCUGUAAUGAAUGCUGGAUUCUCCUUUGAAUUUACACUGAAGAAAUUACACUUUAAUACA